AAUUAUCAUUAUCAAAAUUGUAAUUCAGACCCAUAGAGAUGUAUACUAGUAUACAUCUCUAUGUUCAGACCCCAAUCACAGCCAAAACCGCGGUCUUGUAUAAACAACCGUGGAUGAAUGCUGUUUUCUGGUGCCAAGAGAUCUGGAAAUGCAAAAAUAUGAGAGGCUUGAAAAAAUUGGAGAAGGAACUUAUGGAACUGUAUUUAAAGCAAAGAAUCGUGACACACAGGAGAUAGUAGCCCUUAAAAGGGUGCGAUUAGAUGAUGAUGAUGAGGGAGUACCGAGUUCUGCGCUGAGGGAAAUCUGUCUCCUGAAGGAACUCAAACACAAGAAUAUUGUUCAGCUUUAUGAUGUCCUCCACAGUGAGAAGAAACUUACCCUUGUCUUUGAGUACUGUGAUCAGGAUCUCAAGAAAUAUUUUGACACGUGCAAUGGGGAAAUCGAUCCCGAUACUGUGAAGUCGUUCAUGUACCAGCUAUUGAGAGGGUUAGCAUUCUGUCACAGUCAUCAUGUUCUUCAUCGUGAUCUUAAACCACAGAAUCUCCUUAUCAAUAAGAAUGGAGAACUGAAGCUAGCUGAUUUUGGUCUUGCCCGUGCCUUUGGUAUCCCAGUACGUUGUUAUUCAGCAGAGGUAGUGACCCUUUGGUACCGCCCACCUGAUGUAUUGUUUGGUGCUAAGGUCUAUACUACAUCUAUUGAUAUGUGGUCCGCUGGAUGUAUAUUUGCAGAGAUGGCUAAUGCAGGGCGCCCUCUUUUUCCUGGUAAUGAUGUUGAGGAUCAGUUGAAGAGGAUCUUCAAACUCUUAGGUACACCAACUGAAGACACAUGGCCUGGAAUAUCAAAGUUACCUGAUUUUAAGCCAUACCCUAUUUAUCCUGUGACAACCCCACUAGCUUCAGUGGUACCCAGUCUAUCGGCUACAGGAAGAGAUUUAUUACAGCGUCUGAUGAUGUGCAAUCCAGCGCUUCGAAUGUCAGCUGAAGAAGGGCUUAUGCAUCAGUACUUUGCUGAUCUUAACUCUGUCGUCAACUAGAGAGGGCAGUCUUUUAUUGUGCAACUCCUAAUCCUUGAAGCACUGUUCUUUCUCAGCUGAGCAUAAAAAGAAAAAAAAUAUCCAGUUUACUUGGUGAUUUUUAGUAAAAUACAAAACACUUUGUAUUUUUAAGAGUACGUACAUGUAUGCUUUGUAUAAUUAUGUAUAAGUGAUAAUCUGGGCUAAACAUACAUCAUUGAUUGUAAGGCUUAAAUAUGUUAGUGCAUCCUAUAAUAAAUUAUUUGUGUAACUGUAUCACAAGAUUCAUUACACUUUGUAAAUAAGAAAUUCUAGAUUUUGGAAAGGAGAUUUUGCCAUCCUGCUAUAGUGCAACAGAACAUGUUUACCUGUCAUACGUAUAUAUGUCUUUUGUUAAAACAAAUAUUCAUCUGUGAUAAGAUAUUUAUUCAGGAUAUCUACACUGCAAGCAAAAUAUUUUAUUAUUUCAAGUGGCCACUUUUAUGACAACAGCUUUUAAAAAAAUUAUCAAUGAAUCCAAGAAGAUCACUUCUUGAUAAAUUAUGUUCAUAGGAUAGCUAAUCAUUAGCUCACAAUUGUCCACAUGACACUUGAUAUUUAAGAGCAAGAGUAUCUCUCAAUGAUUAAGUACUGGAACUUGAAGUGUCAAGUUAAAGGUAAAUGCUAGUUUUGGUAACGAUAUCAAAAUGAGUUCGUACAGAAUCCAAUGAAAUUACCACCCAAGUGUCUGUUUGUAUAAAUAAAACAUAUGAGCCAAAGGAUUCUGGAAGAAAUUGUGUAAUUGCUGAGAAAUCAGCAAAUAAGCACAGGAUUCGGGUAGAGCGUCGGGCCUUGACAUUCGAAGCAAUAAUUAUACACUGUCCCACGUGCGCUUAUCUGUGUUGGGGAUCUUCAGCCUGAACAUUUUUCAGCGUAGAUUUCAAGAUUUCACAAAGUUCAGUUUAUGUAACUGUACCAGAUCUAGAUCCUCGAUGAUAUACUGACAAUUAAGCCUUGUUUUACAGACUUUCUCAUGAAAUCAGUGUUUACUGCAACUACUGGAAUUUCUCUUUAACCAUGUAUGGGUGCACAGGUAAAACUUACCUUUGAACUCAUUCAUUAUCAUGUCCCACUACUUAAAAUAUAAGUGGAGACCCCCGUAACUCACAAAUAGAGCGUAAACCAUAAGAAAUGUUGUAAUUUUUAUAUUCAACUUUGCAGUGCAUCUUUACAGGAUCUAAAUGUUAGCUUAUCAUCCAAGUUUAAAACUUCAACGGGCUAGUCUAUCCUAAUAUGGACAUAUAUAGGUCCAUGAUCCCAAUAAGAAGUUGAUUUGGAGUAGAGAAAUUUAAAAAAAAAGUGUAAUGCUGAAAAUGUCAUCAAAGUCAGGUAUCAAACAAGAAAGUUCUGAUAUUUCAAUAUUUUUGAAAAUCUAAGAAAAUAAUUAGAACACAUUCCGGUAUAAAUCAAUCACCAUUUCUUUUGUAUUUCAUUGAAUGAUAUAUUGUCAUUUUCUCUUCAUUAUGAUGUGAAAAAAAAUUGUAUUCCUCAAUGAAUUAUCAAUAUUGUAACCUUUUGUGAAAUGAUGAAGAAAAGUAAAUUAAUUUUCAGCACUAUGCUUGUGUGUGUUUUGUUCUAUCCAAAUAUACUUUUCAUGUUGGUUAUACUUUCCCUUUGAAGUUUUGUGUAAACCUAAUCAUUAUUUAACCACUGUGUGAAUGGGUAAUAUAUAAAAGUUUUGAUUGGUUUAUACAUUCCUGCUCUAUUGUACAGUAUGGAUAAUAUAGAUGACUUUGUGACCAUGAUGUCAAAGUGUUGUGUAUAUCUUGGUUGUGGUGUUAUUUGAUGUUGUGCUCAAACCUGUUAUAGAAUAGAGGUCUAUUCUGAGUCAUAUUAUAUAACAAAUACAAUAAUCAAAUGAUGGGUACCUAAGCAACAUACUGGGACCGCAAGAUGGUUGGGGUCGGGGGCUGCAUGUGGGUGCUUCAGCCCCCCCCCCCCUCCCCCCAACUGUUUUACAAUAACCAUCCACACAAUGACCAAGUUAUGAUUUAUGCAUGUUUAGCCCCCCCCCCCCCACUCACUUUGAAUAUUAUGCGCAGCCUAUGUAUUAUAAUACCAUGGUAUAUUCAUAUAGUUGCUAUCAUACCUCCAUGUAUUAUUAUAGCAAGUAUAAUGAAAGUGGUGGGUGAGAAUGUCUGUAUGAUGAGGCUAUUCAUUUCAUAAAGCUGUUAUGGAUGCUAAAACCCCCAUUCCACAGAGAACAAGACCGCUGAAAGACCUUUGAAAGACCAUAAAUUUCGGUUGAUCUUUCACAGAUCUCUCGAUGAACCUACAAUGGUCUUUGAGGUCUUACACGAGUCCUGACCAAUCUUUCAGUGGUCUUCGUGGUCUUCAUGGGCUCCAAAACUUUUUGAAACGGUUCAAAACAGUCUUACAACGGUCUUACAGGAAAAUGGUCUUUCAGCAGUCUUUCGAUGAACUUUCAAAGGUCUUAAUAGUCUUUCGAUGAUCUUUCGGCAGUCUCAAGAUUUUUGCGGAGAUCACUGUAAGACUCAUGAGAGGCAAAGAAAGGCAAAGUCCAUGGAAAGAAUUCUGAAAGAUGACUUGUUGCAUAAAAGAUCUCUGAAAGACCAUUGAAAAAUCUAUAUAGGACUAGUCUUAAGACCAGUAAGACAAUAAAUAUCCAUCAGUCUUUCAGAGUUCUUUGAUGGGUCUUUCUGAGCCAUUCCACAGAGAUGACAAAUUUCAGUGAUCUUGAAGACCGCUGUAAGACCUCACCAAUUGUAAGUCUUUCAGUGGUCUUUCAAUGGUCUCCGUUCUGUGAUAAUAUGCAACAUUUAUAUAGCGCUUUAGAUGUUUCUAAGCGCUGCAUACUAUUACCUUGGCUUUAUCACUGCUAUCCUGAUCGGACGCUUGAGCAUUUUAGGAAUUCCUUCCUACCGGGUGCCCAUUUACUACACCUGGGCGAAGAGUGGCAAAUGUAGAUAAAUGUCUGGCCAAAGGAUGCAGGUGCCAUAGUGGGAUUUGAACCUGGGACCUUCAAAGUCAGGAGACUUAUCCACUGAGCACCUCUACAUUCAUUUUGAUUACUAAUCAGCCAAAGGUGGAAUCUGAUUGUUGUAGAAUAAAAUUAUCAGUUUUACCAAGCAUCUGAAAGAAAAAAUUAAUCAAAUAUAUGUUCAAACUUUGAUCUGCUGAAAAUGAACUCAAGUACAUGUAUGUUAAAACGAGGGGUUGAUGGUAUGACAUUUUGCACAAAAAAGAGUCACCAGUCUUGCACAAGAAAGGGUUACCGUCUGGCUUAAACUUUUAAGUGUAACUAACAAACAGGUUUGUGAAAGACCACCCAAAUGUAUUAUGGGGGGAUAUUAUCACAUUAACAGGGAUGACUGAAAAUGGGCUAAGGCUUUUAAUAGUUCACUGCUUGCCUCAACACUAGUGCAGUAUUAUACUUCUUUUCAUUAUUGAUUUUUUUUUUUCAUUUAUAUUUUACUUUAGAUAUUUGUACAUUGUACAUAUUUCAUCUGUAUAGUUAUCUGUUACAAACCAACAUAUGUCAUGUAAAAAGGAAGAAUUUAAUUAUUAUCUUAAUGUAUUCUCCAGUGUGAGCAUUAGAUAUCUGAAUUUUAUUGCAAAAAAAAUUCAUGUCAUUUUAUUUCAUAUAAUAUGCAUUCAUGACAUCGUCAUAAUAUUUUUGUUAAGUUGGAGAGGAUUUAGGGCAUUUUUUGUUUGAAACUGAAUUAGAAUUGAUCCAAUUAUUAGUCUUAUGCCUAGGUCUCACUGUAAGAAUCAAAAUAGAUUGGUUUUAUCAACUUUAUGUUUUGGAGUGUAUUUAUAUGUAUAGAAUAUUCAAAAGCAUUUGUGGUUUUUGAUUGUAUUUGUUGCUAUUAAAUAUCAAGUCACUUGUGAAAUUUUAA